UAGCAACUUCGCUUCUUAAAACCAACACCGCGCCUUAUUGAUAUAAGUGUAAAACUCGGGCAUUGUGGUAGAAUGUAAUUCCUUUCUAGGUGAAAUUUAUUUUGAUGAGAUCACAGUGUUGUACGGUAAUAUUUAUUGGUGACCACGUUUCGAGCUCAUAACCCUUUCAGCUGGAUCCGUAAUCGAAUGAUUCAUCUGUUGUUAAUAAUUUUCCUAUGGGUUCUGAGUGGGACAUUGGGCAUCAACACACACACACACAUCUCCACUUUCCUCUAUGUUCUGUUGUUACCUUCAGCUGGGUCUCUCUUUUCCUUCUCACCAUACGAGCUCUUUCACGUCACCUUCACACCGAUGACCCACUCGUCAUCUCCCGUUUGGAUACCACUCGAGCGAUGGCCUACAUUGAGCGUGAUGCCAUUCGACGGCCUUCUCAGGGUUUAUCCAAACCGUCUCCAUUUUCUCCUAUAUAUUUGUUGAGCAAUCGUCUCCUGGUUGGUUCGUUGUACUGCAGAGUUCUUUUCUGGCCAGCCACUUGAUCUUAAGUAUGGAGCCUGCGAAGGGCGCUAUUU